UGCAGACUUUGCUUUAUACCUAGUCUCUUUAGCUGCACUUAUUACAGCUCCUUUUUACCAUCUUCACACCAGUGUCAUCUUGACCAAAGAGGAAACCAACAAUGUCUGGCAUCAUGAAAGUGUUUCUGCUCCUGGCUGUCAUGGUCUGCAUCUCUAAAGCCCAGCUCCGUGAAACAGGACAGCAGUGUCUGUGUCAGCGUGUCAGAGGACCUGUUGGCUUGAAGUCUGAAAUUAAGGACCUCCAGGUCUACCAAGCAACCAUCUUCUGUCAAAAAGUGGAGAUUGUUGUCACCUUGAAAAGCGGCUUUCGCUAUUGCCUGAACCCCAAGUUGAAUGCAGUGAAAAAAGUCCUGGCUAACAUCAUAGCCAAACAGAAAACUACUACAACCAGACCCACUGAGUUUACUUCCACUUCAACCUCCCCUGGCAGCACCAACACAGCUCGCAACUGACUCUCUUUAACUCCUUAGAUCAAUAAGAAGCUUAGAUGAACCUAUGACCCCCAACAAAAGCACCUCCGAUAUGUAUAUGUGAAAUGAGUGAAACUUUUUGUCUAUUUAUCUUCUAUUUAUACUGAUCUGCACGUACAGUAUCUCCGUUCUAUUUCCUAUUUGUUUUUGUAAAUAGAUGACUGUGUGUGUUUUUUUUCAAUUUUAGUCAUUUCUGUGUUUUUAAUAAUAAAAAAAGAA